GAACAGCAAAAACGCCCGCCGUUCUCACCGAGACGAGCUCUCGCUGUCCCGCCGCCCGCGCGAGGGAAGGAGAGGGAGGAGGUUACGGUUGAGGGCGGUCAUAAUGGUGGACGUGGACCACAGGAUGGCGGGGCUCGCGCCGCCGGCGGCGCACGCGGCAGGGCUGCGACGCCUGUCCACGCGCGCCGCGGCGGGGACAGCGUCGGCGUCGCCGUCGCCGUCGCCGCGCCACGGGCUGCAGUCUUUUGAUGGGCUGGCAGCGGCUGUGCUGUCGCACCUCCGGGCGACGGGGGUCGCGGUCCUUCUGGGGCUGUCCGACGCGGAGUUCGCCCGCGUUGAGGCGGAGAUGGGGUUCACGUUCCCGCCUGACCUCCGCGCCGUGCUGGCGAUGGGGCUCCCGUCGGGCCCUGGGUUCCCGGACUGGCGCGGCCGGGCGGGGCUCCGCGCGGCGUUCGACCUGCCCGUCGCGGCGGCGUCGCUGCAGAUCGCGAAGGGAGCGCUGUGGCCACGGUGCUGGGGGCCGAGGCCGUCGGACCCCGAUCGGGCGCGGCGGCUCGCGCGGUCCGCCAUCAGGCGCGCGCCGCUGCUCGUGCCGCUGUUCGACCGGUGCUACCUUCCCUGCCGCCCCUGUCUCGCCGGGAACCCCGUGUUCUUCAUCACCGACGACCGCGUCCUCUGCUGCGGCCUCGACGUCCUGCACUUCUUCACCUGGGAGUCCUCGUUCCAGCCGCUUGACGUGUCCUACCCGUCGAUGACACCCUCCAGCAUUUGCACGCCGUACACUCGCCGCAGCCUCGACGCCGCCUGCGGCGGCCAGUCGCCGCGCUGGAUCGAGUUCUGGAGCGACGCGGCCUCCGACCGACGCCGUCGCUACUCAUCAUCCUCGGAAGCCUCCACCGCCUCCUCCUCGGGCUGCCCUUCGCCUCCUUCAAGGUCGACCCCACUCUGGGUCGACAACUACCUCGACAAGCUCGGAACGGUUCUAAAGAACGGUGGCUGGAGGGACAGAGAAGUGGACGAGAUGGUCGAGGUUGCCGCCUCCGGACUGUUCGACGGCGAGGAGGCACCCCCGGCCGAUGCCGACGCGGUGCUCGACGCAUUGUUCCUAAAAACGGACCGGUGCUCGGACUCACUCCGGCGAGCAGGGUGGACAUCCGAGGACGUCUCGGACGCGCUCGGGCUGGACCUCCGUCGGCGCAAGGAGCCGCCGCGGGCAGCCGUGCAGAUACCGCCGGAGAUCGCCUCCAAGGUCCGGCGCCUCGCCCAGGCGGUGGCGAGGUCGUGACCUCCCCGGCACCGGCCGAACAUGUGGGCCCCGCCGUUUCUUCCUCCUCGUCUCUGCGUUUUCCCCCCGCAUAGGAGGAAUUAAACAACACUUAUGUCAAGUGAAAAGUAAACUAGCCCAUGUUCGUGUGCAUGAAUUCACAAGUAAAUUAAGCUGUGUUCAUGUGCACAAUGAACCGUUAAUUGUAAGACACACCCUCCCGGAAAUGAAAAUUGCAUAUUGCCGGAUUAAACUAAUGCUUAGAACAUCCACCUUCCCCUCUGGCCCUCUCACCUUUUCUCCAUGGAUAUCUCUCU